AUGCGUUCAAGAUUGUCUUCUGAGUGUGUGCUCUCGCUGCCUUUUGAGGAGGUCUUCAACCUCCAGAACGGCGUUAGUGCUGAGGCCUCAAUACUCUCUUACCAUAUCACCCCUACACUGGUAGCGGCUACCUUCCAAAAGGCUAUUGAGGCUAUACUUGAUAUGCAGUUAUAUCCGCCUUGUGGCGAGGGCACACCGAAAGACAGAUCCCUAAGUCCCCAUGCUGACUCCACCUGGAAACAACAUAUCGACACCAUCAUGAAGGGCCUGGUUUCGCUUGAUGCUACGAUUGGUGGAGCACUGGCAUCAGGUCUGGCAAUCCAAAAUCUAAUGCAAAUUCAUGGGGACAUUAUAUCAGAUUGCUGGUCUUGCGACUUUGAGACUUAA